GAUUACAGGCGUGAGCCACCGCGCCUGGCCCCAUCUGGCAUCUUUUCCCACCUAUUCAAAAUCUCUUGGAUCUGUAACACGGUCACGGACUCCAGGUUCGGAGCAACGGGCAGGACCCCCGGUGUUGGCAGAUAUCGGGCGCUCCUUGCUGAACAGUCCCCCUUCUGCCAGGCGCCUCGUCCACCUCCGCAGCCUGGGCUCUGGAGGGGACCAGCCUAGGUGGGCCGCGGGGAUCUCCGGGCAGGCAGCGUCCCCUGGUGUUCGCGGCAGGGACUGCGGGGCGGGGUGGAAGCAGGGGGCGAGGACCAGCUGGAGGCCCGCCACACGCGCCACCCUCCUGGCCACGCCACUCCCCACCGGGACGUCUACCCUGGCGGAGAAGCUCCUGGGCGACAGGGUGGGAGGGCAGGUGGGACUCGGCCCCCCUCCCACAACCCCGCUCCCUGGUGAGCUCUAGGGCCGCGAGGCCGGGGCGGGGAGGGGCCGGGCCGGGGGCGGCCUGGCAGGAAGCGGCGCGCACCUUCCGCCGCCGGGGGAGCAGGUGGCUGCCGUGCGGGUCGGGGCCCCUGGCUUCCUGUGUGCGCGCUCGUCCGCUGCUGUUUCCCGCCGGAGCUCAUUGGGCCUCCCGGGCCCACCCUGCCCAUGGCCCAGACCCCCGACGGCAUCUCCUGUGAGCUGCGAGGCGAGAUCACCAGGUUCCUGUGGCCCAAAGAGGUGGAGCUGCUGCUGAAAACCUGGCUACCCGGGGAGGGUGCUGUGCAAAACCAUGUCCUGGCGCUGCUACGAUGGAGAGCCUACCUGCUACACACCACCUGCCUCCCGCUGAGGGUGGACUGCACAUUCAGCUACCUGGAGGUCCAGGCCAUGGCGCUGCAGGAGACACCCCCUCAGGUCACCUUUGAGCUGGAGUCCCUGCGUGAGUUGGUCCUGGAGUUUCCUGGUGUGGCCGCCCUGGAACAGCUGGCCCAGCAUGUGGCUGCAGCCAUCAAGAAGGUCUUCCCUCGCUCGACCCUUGGGAAGCUAUUCCGGAGGCCCACACCUGCCUCCAUGCUGGCUCGGCUGGAGAGAAGCAGCCCCUUGGAGUCCACUGGCCCCUGCAGCCCCUGUGGUGGCUUCUUGGAGACAUAUGAGGCUCUGUGUGACUACAAUGGCUUCCCUUUCCGAGAGGAGAUUCAGUGGGACGUGGACACCAUCUACCAUCGCCAGGGCUGCCGCCAUUUCAGCCUGGGAGACUUCAGCCACCUCGGCAGUCGGGACCUGGCCUUGAGUGUGGCUGCCCUAUCCUACAACCUGUGGUUCCGGUGCCUCUCCUGUGUUGACAUGAAACUGAGCCUUGAGGUCUCAGAACAGAUUCUACACAUGAUGAGUCAGUCAUCGCACCUGGAGGAGCUGGUGCUGGAGACCUGCGGCCUGAGGGGAGACUUUGUCCGACGACUGGCCCAGGCUCUGGCGGGACACUCGAGCUCUGGGCUGCGGGAGCUCAGCCUGGCAGGGAACCUGCUGGAUGACCGAGGCAUGGCUGCACUCAGCAGACACCUCGAGCGUUGUCCAGGAGCCCUGAGGAGACUCAGCCUCGCCCAGACAGGGUUGACUCCGCGAGGAAUGAGGGCUCUGGGCCGGGCACUGGCCACCAAUGCUGCCUUCGACUCCGCCCUGACCCACCUGGACCUUUCCGGGAAUUCCGGGGCGCUGGGGUCCUCCGAGGACAGUGGGGGCCUCUAUAGCUUCCUGAGCCGUCCUAACGUGCUGUCGUUCCUGAAUCUCGCAGGCACCGACACCGCCCUGGACACUCUCUUCGCAGCGCUGUCCCGAGGCUGCUGCACCAGCCUUACCCACCUCGACGCUUCGAGGAACGUCUUCUCCCGCACGAAGUCCCGCGCUGCGCCGGCCGCGCUGCAGCUCUUCCUCAGCCGCGCGCGGAUGCUGCGGCACCUGGGCCUGGCGGGCUGCAAGCUGCCGCCGGACGCGCUCAGGGCUCUUUUGGAUGGCCUCGCGCUCAACACGCACCUCCGCGACCUGCACCUGGACCUCAGCGCUUGCGAGCUGCGCUCGGCCGGCGCCCAGGUGAUACAAGACUUAGUGUGUGACGCAGGCGCUGUGAGCUCCCUGGAUCUGGCGGAUAACGGCUUCGGCUCGGACAUGGUGACUCUGGUGCUGGCCAUCGGGAGAAGCCGGUCCCUGAGACAUGUGGCGCUUGGAAGGAACUUCAACGUCCGGUGCAAGGAGACCCUGGACGACGUCCUGCACCGGAUUGUCCAGCUCAUGCAGGACGACGACUGUCCUCUUCAGUCUCUGUCGGUGGCUGAGUCUCGGCUGAAGCUGGGCGCCAGCGUCCUACUCCGGGCCCUAGCCACCAAUCCUAACCUGACCGCGCUGGAUAUCAGCGGCAACGCCAUGGGGGACGCGGGCGCCAAGUUGCUGGCCAAGGCGCUCCGGGUCAACUCCAGGCUCCGGUCUGUGGUCUGGGACCGGAACCACACAUCUGCUCUGGGUCUGCUGGACGUGGCACAGGCGCUGGAGCAGAACCACAGCCUGAAGGCCAUGCCUCUGCCACUGAACGACGUGGCCCAGGCGCAGCGCAGCCGCCCUGAACUGACAGCACGUGCAGUCCAUCAGAUCCAAGCCUGUCUCUUGAGGAACAACCGCGCAGACCCUGCCUCUUCUGACCACACGACCUGCCUUCAGCCACUCGGUCUGGUCUCAGACCCCUCAGAGCAGGAAGUGAAUGAAUUGUGUCAGUCGGUGCAGGAGCAUGUGGAGCUGCUGGGCUGUGGGGCUGGGCCCCAGGGUGAAGCCGCUGUGCGCCAGGCUGAGGAUGCCAUCCAAAAUGCCAACUUCUCUCUCAGCAUUCUCCCCAUUCUAUAUGAAGCUGGAAGCUCCCCAAGCCAUCACUGGCAGCUUGGGCAGAAGCUGGAGGGCCUUCUGGGACAGGUGGGAGAGGUCUGCCGCCAGGACAUCCAGGACUUCACUCAGGCCACACUGGACACAGCAAGGAGCCUCUGCCCACAGAUGCUGCAGGGAUCCAGCUGGAGGGAGCAGCUAGAGGGGGUCCUGGCAGGCUCGAGGGGCCUCCCAGAGCUGCUCCCAGAGCAGCUGCUGCAAGAUGCCUUCACUAGGCUCAGGGAUAUGCGGCUAUCAAUCACAGGGACCUUGGCAGAGAGCAUUGUCGCUCAGGCUUUGGCAGGCCUGAGUGCAGCCCGGGAUCAGCUGGUGGAGAGUCUGGCUCAUCAGGCCACAGUGACAAUGCCCUCUGCCCUACCGGCACCAGACGGAGGUGAGCCCGGCCUCCUUGAGCCUGGGGAAUUGGGAGGUCUUUUCUUCCCCGAGGAGGAGAAGGAAGAGGAGGAGGAGAAGGAUGACAGUCCUCCACAGAAAUGGCCUGAGCUCAGCCACGGUCUUCACCUGGUUCCCUUCAUUCAAAGUGCUGCUGAGGAAGCGGAGCCGGAGCCCGAGCUGGCGGCUCCGGGAGAAGAUGCGGAGCCGCAGGCUGGGCCGUCUGCGCGCGGCUCUCCGAGCCCUGCCGCCCCCGGGCCCCCGGCCGCCCCACUGCCCCGCAUGGACCUGCCACCGGCGGGGCAGCCCCUGCGCCAUCCGACCCGGGCCCGGCCGCGGCCGCGCCGCCAGCACCACCACCGCCCGCCGCCGGGGGGCCCCCAGGUGCCCCCAGCCUUGCCGCAGGAAGGGAAUGGGCUCAGUGCCCGCGUGGACGAGGGCGUGGAGGAAUUCUUCUCUAAAAGGCUGAUCCAGCAGGAUCGCCUCUGGGCCCCCGAGGAGGACCCGGCCACUGAGGGGGGUGCCACUCCUGUCCCCCGUACACUGCGAAAGAAGCUGGGCACCCUCUUUGCCUUCAAGAAGCCUCGUUCAACGCGGGGUCCACGACCUGAUCUAGAGACCAGCCCUGGGGCAGCUCCCCGAACCCGAAAAACUACGUUUGGCGACCUACUGCGGCCACCAACCCGUCCCAGCCGUGGUGAGGAGCCUGGUGGGGCUGAGGGGGACACCAGCAGCCCUGACCCUGCCCGCAGGAGCCGACCUCGGUACACAAGAGAUAGCAAGGCCUACUCGAUGAUACUGCUGCCUGCUGAGGAGGAGGCAACGCUGGGUGCCAGACCCGACAAGAGGCGGCCCCUGGAGCGGGGAGAAACAGAGCUGGCUCCAUCCUUUGAACAGCGGGUACAAGUAAUGCUGCAGAGGAUAGGCGUCAGCCGAGGCAGCGGGGGUGCCGAAGGCAAGAGGAAGCAAAGCAAAGAUGGCGAAAUCAAGAAAGCUGGCUCAGAUGGUGACAUUAUGGACAGUUCCACGGAGGCUUUUUUUUUCUCGAUCAAGUCCCGCACCCACUCUGUGUCUGCUGACCCCUCCUGCAGACCUUGCCCAGGGAGCCAGGGGCCCGAGUCUGCCACCUGGAAGACACUGGGGCAUUUUUUUUUUGCAGAGCUCAGGAGCCGUGGUUGGGGCCAACAGGAUGUUUUUUUUUCUCCCUCUCCUGGUCAAAGCCCAAGUCCCUGCAGAACCAGCCCCUCCCGAGACAGCCUGGGCCUCCCAGAGGACCCUUGCUUGGGUUUUUUUUUUGAAGGAUCUGGCCUUGGAAUGGAGCAUCUGUUUUUUUUUCCCACAGAGCCCUCCAGCCCCGAGCGGAGCCCACCCUCCCCAGCCACAGACCAAAGAGGCGGCGGCCCCAGUCCCUGA